ACAACAUUCGUCACGCAAAGGCAUGCAUGCCAUGACAGCUUGUCGGCCCCAACAUAGCUUCAUGUCGAGUGUUUUUGGCGCAUCCUGCUUUGCUCGCUCUUGUUCUUCUGUUGUCUAUUAGUUAUACUUGAUAUUACCAUCUCGCCUCGCCCAAUUCACCGCCAAAUCUCCGUUCCAAAUGGAGGGCGCUCACGUUCAGCGUCGUUCUGUCAGUCAUGGAUCACUUCGCAGCAGCUACAAGAAUCAGGCUCGAAUGCACGUCUUGCAUAGCUUGCCGCAUCGUCCCCCCCUGAAGAGUGUUAAUGAGAACGCAAGUCUGCUUUCGUCGCCAGGUCCGCUCGAAAGCAUGCUCAAGACUACUACCGAGACGGGCGACAUAGGCAUCUUUAGCAUCAAACCAGUCGCGCCUGCUACCACGAUCCAUCACUACGCAAGAUCAAGAUCGGGCCUUGAUGCUGGAUCUAUAUUUGGGACGAGUACCCGGACAAGCGAUGGAACCACGUCCAGAGCUGGACGCAGAUGGCGAGGCUCUGAUCGCGACACCAACUCGGAGAUCGUCUCAUUGUACGGGUCUGAAGACCCAACAUCUUCCCUUUCGAGCUCGCUGUCGCCAAGAAUCGGCGGCGCGUGCCAGCGCUCCUACUCUUUGACUACUUGUGGCUCUCGUCACAAGUCCAGCCAGAAAUCUUCUGGCACCAUGCAGAGCCAGUCGAGCAGCGGCAUUCUGCAACGCCCUCGCUCCCCAUUCCCCUAUCCAACUCGACUGAAACGCCUUGGAAUGCGACCAUCUUCGCCUGCCCUCACGGAGAAUGGACAUGUUGACUACAGUAGGAUGGUCGAAAUAGAUCGAAUCUCAUAUAGAACUGUGCAUGGCUCGUACAAGCCAACCUUUCCACAACCGCAGCGACUUGCCCCACCUCUUGCAUUCAGCCCUAAUGUUAACCAGUCGAUGCCGUCUUUGCCGUAUCCCAAAUCUCUUGCCUCGCCCACUGGAUCUAUUGCUCGAGACCGUGGUUAUAACUACUGGAGCAAUGGAUACCUGAACAGAGAACGUCGACCUUCUGCAGACCAAAGUGUGAGAUCUUCAAGCCUCACGUCAGUCAUUGAGAUGUACUGCAGACUACCUUCAGGCUCAGAACCGAAUCUUCAACGCACAAUUCGUCCGGCUGGGUCAUUUUAUUACGACUAUACCGAGGGUUUCGAAAACCCGUAUUCUCAAGCUGAUUGUUUGGAACCCAGAGCAGCAUCUCCGUUGGCUCCAAUACCGCAGCGAGCCUCGAGCCUUGUCAAGGCUUUGGUACUUCGAGACGAGAAAAAGGCCCAUCUUGAUGCAGUGAUGGACAUAUCCGUCAAAGACUCAAGCGACUCUUCUGGAGAUUAUGGUCAACUUCCAGGAUCAAAGUAUGUCAACAAUAUUGACACACUGCCCUCUCAGCGAAUGAAAUGCAAGACUGCACCCCCAACACUUGAGCCUUUCACUUUUGAGGUUGACGGGACCUCGGCUUCUCGCCCCGCAGACUUUGGUGUCGCCCCAGGCUUGACCGAGGCACUCUCGCCUUGCAUCGAGGCCGAGAAGACACAACCAUCUCUUAUAGUACAAGAAGUUCCAACUUCCAUGCACUGCAAGACAGUCGACACUGGAGCACCGGCGGACAAAGAACAGCCAGAUAUCAAAAUGGAGGUCCUACAAGCCAGAACUGACCAGUCCCCUCCAAGUCAGGUUACAGAUCGACAAUUAAACAACGGUUGUCAAAGACAACCGGAGCUUCUGGGAGACAUCGUUCCACGCCACGAUAAAAUAAUGACGUUUGGAGUUAACUUGACGGCCAAGGAGCAUCCAUCACGAAGGGCGUCAUCUCGCAGCGGUCUUGAUGCAGUGCUGCGGUCGAGUUUGAGACACUCCGUUGACCCUGGACUUCCUGACCUAGCUGCUCUGGUUUCGUCCUUUGAGCAUAUCGCCAAACCGCCUUUCAUUGGAAAGGAUAAACAGAUUUCUACGGUACCCAAGACCGCCGAUCAGGCUGACUUACAAAGUCCACAACAGCCAGGAGUUGAUCCUACGGCAAUUGAUUUCGCCACUGAUGACGGAGCAGUUGUCAAUGCUGAAACACAUCCGGUAUCUGGGCCAAAGAAGCCUUUUCACAAAGGCCACAGAAGGAAUAGAGCACUCGCCAAUAUCAGAACGGCAAGUCUUCAGGCUCGGAGGACUGCGUCAGUCAGCAGCGUAGGUUUUCCUCUUCCUGUCACUGAGUUCGCUUCUGCAACUGCUGCGUUGAGAGUGAGUACUAGCAACCCGUAUUUGAUGAAGGCAUUGCCUAUACUUCCCAACAACGCAACUACACCGGCUCAAGAACUGUCGAAGGCUUCCGCAGAAGAUUUGGGGUUCCCGGUCAAAUUUUCGCCUUUCCAGCUCGAAUUGCUUGCAACUCCUCGAUCAAGUCCUAGGAUCACUGCACAGAAAAAUGUGGAAGAUCAUGAGUCUUUUAGAGCCAGUAUUGAGCUGGAAGUGGCUCCAGCCGAUAGCGCACAACCCUUUACAAAGUGCCCAUCAACGGUGGGGGGCCCGCCAUCCACCUACAGCAAGGAUAUCCAGAGACAAAUACCUUCACGAAAGCGACAUACCUCUAGCUCACCCUGUCGACGCGAACCUUGUAAGGCACAGUACAUCGACUUAUGGGUUUGA